AAUUCAACUAACAUCACUGAAUCCGUUGGGUGGCCUGCAAACAGCUUCAAUGCACCCGAAUAUUAUCCUUCAGCAGCCACAAACAGCCGGUCAACAGAUCCAAAAUGGCCCAAACGGUCCCAUGGUUGUGAGCACGGCACAAGCUGCGGCAGGGCAGGAUCCUGCUGCUAACCAUUCCCAGCAGCAACAGGUUCAGCAGGCACAGCAAGCACAGCAGCAUGCGGUCGCCCAACAAAUGGUAGCGGCGGCUGCAGCUGCAGCGUCGGGAGGCACUCACCAUGCUACAGGAGGGCAGCAAACGCAACAACAGCAACAGCAAAUAAUCGGUGGAUUAUCGCAACCGAUAACGAUCACCGCUGCGCCUGGUGGUCCGCAGAUCGGUCAGCCGAUUACGCUGCAGCAGUUGCGCCAGCAUAUGCCGGGUCUUGCAGGAUUGCAGGCGAUUCCCGUGCAAAACAUACCCGGUAUUGGAAACGUUCAAGUUAUACCGACAAAUUUCAUGCAACCGGUUCAACCGCAAACAGCAGCGUCGCAGCCUCAGUUGAACCCGGUCACUCAAGCAGGGCAGCAUCCACAACUACAGCAGCAGCAGCAGCAACAAAUAAGUCUGCAACAGCAGCAUCAGCAGCAGCAACGUGCUUUAGUCGCGGCCCUUCAGCAGGCAACGGCGCGUCCACUAUCAAGUAUAAAGCAGGAACAAAACGAACCCGUUAAGAGCUUUGUAAAGCAGGAAUCCACUUCUCCAUCGACGACGACGGUGGGUAGUGGAGCUCCUUUGGCAUCCAGUGCUCUUUUCACGUCGUCCACUGGAGCUCCUGCCCAGAUAGUGGAAUUUCACAGUGGCGUCAGUAUGGGAACGUUGGGAACAUCUAACAAUACAACUGCCGCCGUCACUGCGACUACAACAACUACCACAUCUUCCCAGUCCAUUAGUGUAAAGCGAGAAUCUGUAGGCGGGACUCCGAAUCAAACCGGUGGUAAUGUUAGCAACAGCGCCGGCGCGAGUGUUGCUACAGAAGUAGAAAGUAAACCAGGAGGACAAAGAGCCGGAGGAGUAACAAUAGGGGCGGGAGCGGUAACCGGAGCAAGCAUGGCAGCAGAUGGCGAAGCUAGUGCGGAUACUGAAGAAAUGGGAGAAUUAGAAGCACCCGUUGGCACAACGAUAAUUUCAUCCGAGAAGCGACGUCGACAUACGCUACCGAAGUUAGUCUCAGCCACUCACACUAUGAACGGAACAAUAAGGCAACGCGUUCGCCGGGUUGCAUGUACAUGCCCCAACUGUGAAGUAAAGAUAAGUGGUCCUCCGGAUCGAAAGAAACAGCACAUAUGCCAUGUUAGCGGUUGCAAUAAGGUGUACGGUAAAACAUCACAUCUGCGAGCUCAUCUACGGUGGCAUACGGGGGAACGGCCCUUCAUAUGUAGCUGGGGCACUUGCGGAAAACGAUUUACGCGUUCGGAUGAAUUGCAGCGACAUCGGCGGACACAUACGGGUGAGAAGAGGUUUGAAUGCUUUGAGUGUAAUAAGAAGUUCAUGCGAAGCGAUCACCUCUCGAAGCAUAUACGAACGCACAGCAAAAUAAAACGCGAACAUGGUUCGGAUGGUUUCGAUAAGUCUGGCGAUGAGCUUGACUACGAGGAGGAAGAAAUACACGAAAUAGACGACACUAACUACAAAAUGGAUGAUGACGACGAUCUGGACCAGGAAAGACAAUCACAUAACUCUUCCUCGGCUGCUGCCUGUGACGCUGACCACAAGGACGACAUGGGAUCUAACCACUCUGGAUCGUCCGAUAGCAAUGACAGCUCUGAUCAGAAAAUGAUGAUUACCAUCGGUACCGACGAGACGGAACAAGCUUAUGCUUCAAAUUAGUAUGCUUACUAAUAAUAUAAUUGUAUUUAGCAAAGGUUUUGAAGCCAUUUCAGCAUUUCCUUGGCCUCCUACAGGGGAACGGUUCAAAUGGUACCAUAGUUUUGUUACCACCGAACCACGACAUCAACUAGAUCAAAAUUAUUCGCGAACAGGUUUGCUGUAAAAUUAUGCACUAGGUAUAGGAUUUUACGGACGAAAUAGAGACACUUCCGUUGCUUACGACGUCAACUCAUGGAGUGUUGAAACAAAUCCCCACACUGAUGAUUGGGUGGAUUGACUUAUAAUAAGUCUGGGUAACCAUACACUACAUGUCAGCCAUGAACAAUUGUUAUUCAAAACAAUAGUUUUUAACUUUACUGUUUGUGUGUCUCGUUUCAAAGAAUGUACUAUUCGAACUACUGAAUGCAACCCCCGCUUUGAAAUAUGACAAAUAAUUAGUGUGGUGGUACGUGGGAUUGUAGAUCUUUAGAAGAAUUCCUCAGUUCUAGUGAAGGUUUACAGCAUUGGAAUAGUGCAAUGGUUGAGCGUAGAAUAUACCUUCCCACAAGAAGGGAGCAUUUCAGCAACUUUGUUCUGCGCGCGAAAUGAAAUUGCUGCUUGGGCGCUGUAUUAAGAGUCCAUGUCAGUACAACGCGUUCAGCUGUGAGUGGGCGAAAUCAAAAUCACAUGCGCACCCUUACUGGUAGAGUAAUGAAGUGCGAUUCUUUACGUUUUUUAAUACAACGAAAUCAUUCAUUAAAUCAUUUAAAAAAUGUGUAGCAUUACACAGAUGAUUGCAAACAGUGUUUUAAGAUGGCACCCGUGACGGUAAAAGGUGUUUUGUUUUGUUCAGGUUUAACAACUCAUUGAACGGGACUAAUUUGUUAAAAUUUAAUUUGUUUAAACAAACCACAAAAUAGGGCAUUUUUUGUUUUAUUUAUUAAAAACCAAAAAACUCAAUACGAGUUCCGUAAAGUUUUCUAUUGUUUUGGGGUUUUAACUGAAGAAUGAAGCGUAUUUUUUAGGCCAUCGAAAAGCUUUUUGUUUAUUUUUGAAGCACUUUUGAAAUUGCAAGCGUAUCAUAGAUCAAGAUUAGAGCUUGGUUAAAUGUUUCAAAAAAUGCAUGUGUUUGAAUUGGGAUUCGUUUCGUGUAGAUGAGAACAUCCAUUUCCGAAAAUUAAAAAUAAUAUUUCAAUUACCUUAUACAUCGAAAAACAUUAACCAUGCUUCCCAUUAAUGCUCUGUUUCAAUAGAAUUAUGGUACUUUGUAGUAAUUUAUUACUGUAAUUUGUUGUAACAAUGUGAACUUAAAUAGGGCACCAAUACCACUGUAAAGGUAGAAAGUCACGUUUUGUUGCUUUGAUUUUCUUUGCAAGAACAAUGAUGCUGUAAAUGUUACGCAUAGAAUAUUUUUUUAUUUUCCCCGUCGGAUUUUAAUGUCGAAAUGCAAUGAAUGGAAAUUAUCGGAAUUGUAAAUAUAUAACUACAACUAAACUGCGGCCAACAUUGUCGGAAGAAUAUAAUACGAUUAAGAUAGUGUAAAACCGUGUAUCGCGCAACGUGGAAGAAUGAAUAAAACUCACCGUAAUUUCA